CCAUACCACAGACAUGCAGGGAGCCUGGCUUCUGCUGCCGCUGCUGCUGCUGGGCCUGAGGCUACAGCUGUCCCACGGUGUCAUCCCAGUGGAGGAGGAGAAUCCAGCCUUCUGGAACCAGAAGGCAGCCCAGGCCCUGGAUGCCGCCAAGAAGCUACAGCCCAUUCAGACCUCAGCCAGGAACCUCAUUAUCUUCCUGGGGGACGGGAUGGGCGUGCCCACAGUGACAGCCACCCGCAUCCUAAAGGGGCAGAUGCAAGGCCAGCUGGGGCCGGAGACGCCCCUGGCCAUGGACCACUUCCCAUACAUGGCUCUGUCCAAGACCUACAGUGUGGACAGACAGGUGCCAGACAGUGCAAGCACAGCCACGGCCUACCUGUGUGGGGUCAAGGCCAACUACAAGACCAUCGGCUUGAGUGCAGCCGCCCGCUUUGACCAGUGCAACACGACGCGAGGCAACGAGGUCAUCUCUGUGAUGUACCGGGCCAAGAAAGCAGGGAAGUCCGUGGGAGUGGUGACCACCACCAGGGUGCAGCAUGCCUCGCCAGCUGGCACUUAUGUACACACGGUGAACCGCAACUGGUACUCAGAUGCCGACAUGCCAGCCUCAGCGCUGCAGGAGGGCUGCCAGGACAUCGCCACGCAGCUCAUCUCCAACAUGGACAUUAAUGUGAUCCUGGGCGGGGGCCGCAAAUACAUGUUUCCUAAGGGAACCCAGGAUCCUGAGUAUCCAAAUGAUGUCAACCAGACAGGAGUCAGGCUGGACAACCGGAACCUCGUGCAGGAGUGGCUGGCAAAGAAACAGGGGGCCCGGUAUGUGUGGAACCGGCAGCAGCUCCUUCAGGCGUCCCAGGACCCGUCAGUGACAUACCUCAUGGGCCUCUUUGAGCCUGUAGACACAAAAUUUGAGAUCUACCGAGACCCAGUUCUGGACCCCUCCCUGAUGGAGAUGACAGAGGCCGCCAUUCGAGUGCUGAGCCGGAACCCCCUCGGUUUCUACCUCUUCGUGGAGGGGGGCCGCAUCGACCGUGGUCAUCACGAGGGCACAGCUUAUGUGGCAUUGACCGAGGCCGUCAUGUUCGACUCUGCCAUCGACAAGGCCGGCCAGCUCACCAGCCCGCAGGACACGCUCACCCUCGUCACCGCCGACCACUCCCACGUCUUCUCCUUCGGCGGAUACACGCUGCGGGGCACCUCCAUCUUCGGGCUGGCCCCGCUCAAGGCCGAGGACGGCAAGGCUUACACGUCCAUCCUGUACGGCAACGGCCCCGGCUACGUGCUCAACUCCGGCAACCGACCCGACGUCACCGAGCUUGAGAGCGGCAACGCCACCUACAAGCAGCAGGCCGCGGUGCCUGUGGCAUCGGAGACGCACGGGGGCGAGGACGUGGCGGUGUUCGCGCGCGGCCCGCAGGCGCACCUGGUGCACGGCGUGCAGGAGCAGAACUACCUGGCGCACGUCAUGGCCUUCGCCGCCUGCCUGGAGCCCUACCAGGCCUGCGACCUGGCGCCCCCUGCCGGCCAGAACGACAGCGUCCCGGACUCGGGCCCUGCAGCUGCCAGAUUCUCGCUGCCACUGCUGGGCGGGACGCUGCUGCUGCUUCUGGGGGCGGUCACUCUGCCCUGA